CCCAUAGUGAGUUUCCGGUGCCAACAUCAAUCAUCAAUGUGUAAUCUGUAAUGAUGAACGUGUAGUAUUUGUCGUAAUAAUAUGUUUAUACGGAGAUUAUAAUACUAAACUGACAAAAUUAGACAUGACUUUUGGGCUUUAUUCACUUUUGGAAUCAGCAAUUUUGUGCUUAAAUGCUAUUUGCAUUUUGCAUGAAGAAAGAUUUUUAGCAAAAAGUAUGUUUAAAAUAAGUUAGUGUUACUGUUAAGUAGUGACACUGUUACAGUUAAGUAGGGUCUCAGUAAGCUAAACAAGUCCAUUAUAAUUAAUAAUAUAUAUAAUAUAAUAAAAAUUUACGUCCUAAUAUCUUCCCCCACCCAUCCCGGGGAAGCGUUAGAUGCCAUAUAAGAGUAGAGGGAUUCUACAGUGGGUUUCUACAACGCAACUAAUUCGCGAUGUAGCUGGGAUGAAACGGUUGCCUUGGAGCAGCUUCUCAGGGAUGCGUAGCAAGAAUCAUCGGCCAGAGGCUAACAACCUCGCCUCUCGCCUCAUAUCCAUUAACAGCAACUUGUAAUCAUAAUCCCUACCCUGUCUCUGCCUAUUUUUUCCAGUUGGGAAGUAUCACAACUGGCAGCCCUGUAGAGGCUGUUUUAUGUACGGCAGGUACCAAGCACAUCCCUUGUCUGCCCACGCAGGACACGCCCAGUAGUUGUGUCCCCCGGGUAAUGCUGAGGGGGUCGGUGGCCGACGCCUCCUAAUCGACAAGUCACCACAGACUAGUCAACUGGAGCCCCUGGGGGAGGUUGUUUAAAUUGAAGGAAUAUAUAUGUUAUCUAUAAAAUUGUUAAUUAUAAUCAUAUGAUGUUCUUAAAAUAGUAUAAUAAAAUUAUCAAUUCUUAAAAACCUCUUAAAUCAUAUUACAGUUGGAUGGGGUUCAGAUCAACAUAGAGGCUUUGGUGAAACACCAGGUGUCAAGUCGCAAAUCCUUAACCUCAUCAGAUCUAUUCGAACAGUCAUGAGAUGUGAGUUAUGAGGCUGUAUUUACAUUAAUAUCUAAAGAAAGAUACAUAUGAGGUUUAAGUUAGGCAAUAAAAACUAAAAACAAAGUGGCUUCAUCAAUUUAAUGAGCCAUUGUGAUUGCAAUUUAACUUCUAGCAGGUUACAUGUUACUUUACUUAAAAAUUUUGUUUAAAAAAUUAAAUUAUUUUGUACAGAAUUGUUUUUUUAUUAAAAAUGUACAUAAUAAAUGCACUUAUAAUAGUAUGCAACAUAGCUUUUCUUCACGAAAAGAAAAAAGUUUAUUUUUUAUACAUCCUGCAUUCUGCAAAAUAUGAAGCGUUGUAACUUGUAUAGCAUGCACCUCCUUUCACAGACUCUACUAGUGUCUUUGAGUUAAUAUUUACGGAUUAUGCUUAAAAACCAAGGUGCAGUUAAAUGGUGUUGAUUACAUUAUGUAGAAAGUAAAAUGUAAUUAUCAAGUAUAUGUACCUUCAGCUGUGCGUGCACAAAUAUUGUCUUUUAAUUAUUAAAAUUAUUUUAUCUCAACUGAACGGUACGAAUGAUUCUAUUAUGUUUUGAUCUUUUCUUUUUUUCCAGUUCCUUUGAUUGGUGUAAAUAUAGCAACGAUAAUUCUGAAACUUCUUUUUGGAUGACACAGAAAUGCAUUAAAACAGAGACACUAUACACUAAGCUUUUUUUUUCUUUUUGUACACGAUUAUUAUAAAAAACUAACAAAUUUGGGAAAGAUGUCAUGCACACAAUUUUAUCUUAUGACUCAUCUGUUAUUAAGAGAAAAUUGUACCUAAUUAGCCUAGAUAUCGCUUUACCAGUAAUGGAUCAUUUCCAUUACAGUGUCACUUGAAAGGAGUAGGUUAACAUUUUUUAUUGAAAUAACUUGUUUACUGCAGUGAAGAAAUUUUAACAAUUCUAUUUGUUCCUUAUAAUCUUAGAAUGCUAUAACGUUGUGUAAAAUUAAGUUGUAAAAUAUAUUCUAUUGACUAAACUUUAUUAGUUGUUUAAGGCUGGACAGUAAGAAAAGUUGUGCAACUUUAAUUAAUACUGCAUGAAUAAAACAAUUACAUUUACUUGUAAAUAAACUUUAAAUUUAAUCCACUAAUCAGAGUCAGUGUUUUUAAAACAAUUUAGAUGAGAAGGGAUGGAUUUUAAGACGUUAAUGUAACAAUCUAAGUGGUAGGAAGUUAGAUUUCUGAACACUACCGCCAACAUGCCAGUAGCUUCUUGGUGGUAGUGGUCCCCACUUGGAUAGUCAUCGAGUGGGCAGGGGCUGUCUCGGGAGUGGAGCAUUUCCGGUGUGCAACUUCGUGGCCCCAUAUUUGCUUUUGGGCUGGGACUGGGAAGUGCAUAAUGAAUUAUAAGCUCAAUGGCCCGCUGUUUUUCUUAAGUGGGCUGGAU